ACCAGGGGGAGGGGGGGGGAGGAAGUUCUGUGAACACCCAAUAGUUUAUUAAAGUAAAAUAUUCACUUUUUACUGACACUACUCUUUGCUUUUCUCAUUAUUGUUUGAGUGACCAAUUUCACAUUAAUUUCAACAAUUAAGGAAAAGACUAAAACUAGAUAUUUGUAAGUGCAUAAAAAUUUCACAUUAAUUUCAACAAUUCCUCUAUUUUCUAGUCCGGUUUAUAUAGCUUGGUUAGUUUUCUUGUCGAUGUCCUUAUACUUUUAGUUCAGUAAUUUUUCAUUUUUGUUUGUAGAAAGUAGAGAUGGAUAAAUCUUGGUUGACGAUUAGAAAUAGAGCGGAUCGAAGAUAUAUUAGAGGAAUAGAUGGCUUUCUUGAUUGGGCAUACAAUCAACCAAAUGCGAGCUCUAUGAUUUGUUGUCCUUGUAAAGGGUGUAUGAACACUGUGUUCAAGUUGAGAAACGUAAUAAGACUAGACUUACUGAAAAAAGGCUUCUGGGAUAGUUAUAAGGUGUGGGACUUGCAUGGAGACGUUUUCGUAGGAGAUGAUAAUUCUCAUAAUGUACGCAAUGAUGAAGUAGAGGAUGAUAAUGUUGGAGAGGAUGAUAUUACUGAAAUAGUUCAUGAUGCUUGUGGAUGUACGAAGAUGGAGGAAUCAUGUGGCUCAAGGUCUUUAGCCACUGUACUUGGCAAGAGAACAGGCUAUGCUCGCGGAAACGAGUAUGGAAAGAAGCCUCCCAACAAGAGCCGCAUGCAACAGGCCAACUUUGAGGCUAGCCUGUCUUUUGCAAUAGAGAAAGCACGUCAAGAGAUGCGAGCUAACAUGAAUCAAAAGUUUCAAGAGAAACGUGAACAAAUGCGAGCAGAAAUGGUCAAAAGGUUUCAAGAUCAUAUGGAAGAGGAGUUUCGUAAAAUGCGAGUAGAAAUGGAAAAAAGAAUCCAAGAUCAAAUUGCUACCGUAUUUGUCAGAAUGCAACAGCAGGGACAAAGUUCUUCAAUAACGAGAAAUGAUGUUGGCGAAGGAGGAGAUUGAAGACAUUUAGGUUCCUUUUUUGGGUCAUAUGUGUAUGUACAGUAACGAAGUUUUGUACAUUUUGGUACAUGUUUAGAAGUUGAGUCUGUCUCUGCUGCUUCUACAUGUUGUUCCUCAGUAAAGGUCAUUAUGAACAAGUGAGCUCAAGUAACUUGGCCUUUACUAAUCAACUAAUUUUUAACUGAUGGCUUAAUUUAUCUUUAAGUUACUUCUCUUCCCAUUGUAGCACUUACACUGUACAUUUGUGAAAAUCAAGGGAAAUAUGAUUGUGGGA